CCGUGCGCCACUGGCUUCCGUCAACAACUUUUUGCUGGAGCAUGUGAGCUGCACAAAGUGUCGCUUGCAGCAUUUGUGUUGUUUGGAGACCCCAUCUGAGGACUAGUGGGCUUCGCAGGUGGAAAUGAUGCUCAGCGCCACCGAUCCUUGGCUUCCAGGUUGUCUUGUGGCACUUCCUCUCCAAAAUAUAACCUUCUAGGGCCAAAAGCGGUGCAAGGACUUUAUUUAGGCAAGGAAUUUGUGUCGUUGCUUUGCCUGGGAUAUGAGCAUCACAGACGUUGCUUACUCGCUGCUACGGUGUGAAGAGACCUUCUCCGCUUGCCUUGCCCGCAUCAACAGUGUUGUCCUCCAGCCCCUGUUGCAAGCAGGUUCCUUUGAGCAGGCCAAAUUCUUCUUGCUUCUAAAUGACCACUUCCAAGUGAUUUGGGACUUGACGGAGGAGAACUACAGAGCCCUGAAGCAAACCUUGGCAGAAACAGAGUCGGCCAGUGUUUGCGACCUCUACUUAGCCUGGAAAGUGGACUUAUUCCUUGACGCUUACAUCCAGUAUUUCUCCAAAUUUGCCCGUUGUGUUGUGGUUCAAGGGUUUGAACAUGCGGCAAGAAAUAAAAGUGAGGUCUGGAAGUCCCACAAGCCGUCCCUCCAGCAGCUCCUCGAAGACUUCUCCCCGGACACCUCCAAUGCGGUGGCUCUCCAUACGGUGCUCCACAAACCCUUCCAGGAUCACCUCCAGCAAUACAGCGCUCUCUUCUCCAAGCUCGAGGAGAUAAAGACCCUGGGUCCGGACAAAGAAGCCAUCGCGAAUGCUUCCAAACAGUUUGCAAAGCUGCGCUCUUUCAUUAGCCAAGCCUUGGAUGAAGCCGGCCUCACCAGAAACCUGUGGAAGUCUCUGAGUCACAAAUUCACGGAUGUCCUUUGCAAUCCGGAGAGGCGCCUCCUGGAAGACAGCCGAAACCUGGCCGUCUUUUCCAGCACCGGGAGGUUGGACCGUGUCCUGCUCUUCCACGACAUCCUUGUGCUCAUCCAGGGAAGCAGCCUCCAGAGCUUUGACCUGAAGCUCGUGUGGGUGGAUGAAACCUCCAAGGAAACGGGAAAGCAUACGCUCCGUGUUAGGACACCAGAAGAAGAGUUCUUCCUCGUGGCCAAAGAGCCAGAGUCACGGGCUGUGUGGCAAUGGAAACUGAGUCAAGCAGUGUGCCAAGCCUUGAACGGGAAGAGAGACUUUCCCUUGUGGAGCCACGCAGGAGAAGGGAGGGACCCUCCUCGGUGCCGCUUCUCUGCCUUCACGUUCCGGGCCGAAGGGAGGCUCAAGGGGGCUGCCUACGAAGGGGAAUGGCGCUUGGGGAAGCCCCACGGCAAGGGGAAGCUGACGUGGCCAGAUGGCCGGAACUACGUGGGAGACUUCAAAGACGGCUUGGAACAUGGGUUCGGGAUCUACCUUGUCCCUCAUGCGUCUGAGGACCACUAUGACUGUUACAAGUGCCACUGGCGGGAAGGAAGGAUGAAUGGCUACGGGAUCUGCGAGUACGGCAACGAGAUGGUCUACAAAGGGUACUUCAAGGACAACCUCCGCCAAGGGUUUGGCAUCUUGGACAACACUUCUUCGGCCGAAAACCCCAUUAAAUAUACUGGACACUGGGAGAACGACAAGAAGAGUGGAUACGGGGUGUGGGAUGACAAGGAAGGAGGGGAGCGGUAUAUCGGGAUGUGGCAUGAAGACCAGAGACACGGCACGGGGAUUGUGGUCAUGCAGUCUGGAGUGUGCUAUCGGAGGGUGUUCCAUCUGGAUAAGAUGGUGGGAGCCGGUAUUCUUCUCCUUGAAGAUGAUUCCAUCUAUGAAGGAAACUUCACCAGAGACCUGAUGUUUGUCGGAAAGGGCAAACUGACCUUCCCCAACGGCUUCACUCUGGAAGGGACCUUCACCAACAAGUCCAGCCAAGGACUCCAUACCGAAGGAAUCCUCAACACCUCCGGAGAAGAGCCAGAUGAUACAAUCACCAAAAUACAGCUUGGUCAGCGGGAAUUCCCAGUGGAGCAAAGGUGGGAAGGUCUCUUCAGCCAAUUUCUAGAGUUCGUCUCUUCUGGUGGUCAAGGAGAAACGGAGGAGUCCUUCAUGGGCUUCCAUGUCCAGACCAGCAAGGAGCUGCGCAAGUCCCAGGAGUACCUCUACUGCGACAGGGAAACUGAAGAGGCUCCCAAGAACCUGCUUGAGGAACUACUUGAACACCAGGAGACGGAAGCCCUGCAAAGCUACUUGGAAGAGGCUUUGAAGUCUUCUUUGCAUCCUUUAGGGAAACUCCUGAAGGCUCUGACCUCGGCAUUCCAGGCGACCUAUGGCGGCAUCGGAGCAAACAAGCACCUCCUGGCAAUGGCGCAAGAGGAAGUCAAGCAUUACGCAAAGGAAGUGUGGGAAUUCUACCAAGGCUUACGGGAUCUGGCUUUGAAGGUCAAUGGUCAACCAUCACUUGAAGACAUGGAGCAGAGUGACCUGAAUGGACCGGCCCUGAUCCUGCCGCUCAUCCUGCCGUGUUUCUACCCAGAGCUCCUGAUGUUGUACAUGCUUUACCACGAAAAGGAGGAUGACCUUUACUGCCAGGGGAUUGUCGACCUGAGUCUCUUUCCGGAUGUGAAGCUGCUAGAGUUUCUCGAUGUCCAAAAACACUUUUGGCCCCUGAAAGAUCUCACACUGACAACUAACCAGAGACGCUCCCUUAUCAAAGACCGGUGCUUUCUUUCUGCAACUGAAUGUCUACAGAAAUUGAUCACUACUGUUGACCCACGGGAGAAGCUGGACAUUCUCCAAAAGACGUACGAGGAGAUUGAAAAGACCACCAACCGAGUUCUGGAGAGGGAAUAUAGCCUAACGAUGGAUGAUCUCUUGCCGAUGCUGAUGUAUGUCGUGACGCGGGCAAGCAUACAGCAUCUAGGAGCAGAGAUCCACUUGAUCAGAGAUCUGAUGGACCCAGCCAAUGAAGGGGGCAAGCACGAUUUCCUGCUUACCGCACUGGAGUCCUGCUACGAACUGAUCCAGAAGGAAUUCAGACUCCACCAGAACUGGGAGGCCUUGCAAUCUUCCUGAAAAUGGCACACUGCAAUUGCCCGUAUCCUCGCUCAAUUCCGCCAGCCCCGGAGCUGGAGGUUUCCGUUAACAAGAAGGACCUUGCCUUGUUGCUGCUGUUUGUAUUGGUCUUUCCUAUGGGAAGCUCGCUUGGUUUUUAAUUCCACGAUUUCUUUGAAAUUGACGUGAUGGGAUGGACACAAAGGGACUCGGUUGUGUGCAGUAGUCCAUUUCCGUAUCUCACUGCUUUGCCAAAGCAUCUUUUCCUUUCCAAAAAGGGAACAUAACCAUUUAA